AAAAUUUAUAUUUUUUUUUUUAUGUACGAUUUAUUUUCUUUUACUUUGCCAUUUUUUUUCAACCUUUUUUUUUCACUUAUUGUUUAUUUGUUUAUUACAAUUUGAUAAACUAUUUUUUUAUUAGUUUAAAUAGGCUUUUUUACAUUUCUUAAAUUUCCUAUUAUAAUGGUUAAACGUGCCAAACAACAAGUUACCGAACCUACUACUGAUACCAGACGUUCUGAUCGAAUUAAGGGACGCACUGUUACUGAUCAAGCUUCAUCAACUAAUGCUACUGCGGCUGCUUCGGUCAAAUCAACUACUUCAUCCCGUCCUAUUCGUCAAGCCAGUCGGAAAAAAUCUCCUCAAAAGACUGCUACCUCUAAGUCAGACCGUCCUAGACGUAACGUUACAACUGCAAGAAGUACUCCUGCUGCUUCUAAUACUCCGCAUAAAAGGAAACGUAAAAGUACUUCGGUGGUUAAUCCUGCUAAUCAACCGGCAGGUGGUACUAAUAUUGAACGACGAACUUCUAAAAAGGUUAAGUUUGUUCUAAUAGAUCCAACUACAUCAGAGAGUUCUACUUCUUCAAGAAACGCCGAUUUAAAUCAGCCUUAUACUGCCACUGUUCAAGAAUCUCAAGUAGCUUCUUCGGUCGUCAUUCAAGAAACAACUAUACCUCAAGUUACUACUACUAUUAUUCCUGCCAUGAAAUCAUCUAAAAAACGUUUGACCGCUGCCGAAGAUUCAGAGUUGUUAACUGGCAGUACUUCUUCAAGAAGAUCGAGAAAACGUGCUGUAGAGGAAGAUUAUAAAUUAUUGAAACCUAAACGUAGAAAAGGCGACACUUUUACUGUACCGAUUCCUACUCGUUCACAACAAAUUGGUCAAGUUUACGUUAUUGGUUCAAAUGAAUUUUCUCAAUGUGGUAUGGAAGGGAUAGAAAAUUCAAAAAAAUUAGAAUAUAUUAAAACUUUGGAGGAAUUUAAAAUUGUCGAUGUAAGUGCAGGAUCUCUUCAUAACGCUGCUCUUACUGUUGAUGGUAAAAUUGUAACAUGGGGGAUUAAUGAUCAUGGUACACUUGGUCGUUUCACUGAAACUCCUAGGUCAGCAGAGGCGAAAGCAAUUUUAGAAGCGGGAAAUUAUAAUAUAAUUGAUGAAGGAAAACCCGCAUAUGCUGAAGGUCUUGAUAAUGUAAGCAUUGUAAAAGUAGUAUGUGGAGGUAACGCUACAUUUGCUAUCUCCGAUCAAGGGCAUCUAUAUGCGACGGGUACUUUCAAGGGCAAAGACGGAAUUAUUGGAUUUUCUUAUGAUAAACGUAUAGAACAACCAAUAUUCACACGAUAUUCCUCAUUCGAAAAUUUAACAAUUGUUGAUAUAGCAGUAGGUGUUGAUCAUGCUUUGGCGCUUACUACAGAAGGAGAUGUAUAUGCAUGGGGAAGUAACGAAGCCUACCGUCUUGGGAAAAAACUUUCAGAACGCAGAUCGCUCAAACCGCUAGUACCAUUCAACCUAGGAUUAAAACAUAUCGUCCGAUUGUACGCUGGUUCAUAUCAUAACUUUGCAAUUGAUGAUAAUGAUAAAGUAUGGGUCUUUGGCUUUAACAAUAUGGGACAGUGUGGUCUUGAUACAUCAAAACAAGCUAUUAUCCCUCCUGAAAGGCAUUCGUUCCUUAACAAAAUCGGGAUAAAAGUAGAAGAGUUCGCCGCUGGUGAACAUCAUACGCUUGCUCGUAUGCAAAAUGGACAAGUUUACAGUUUUGGACGAUCUGAUUAUGGCCAACUUGGUUUAGGAAAUAGCGUUCUCCCGACUAAGGGAUCUAAAGCAAGAAUAUCAACUCCGACUGUCAUUCCAAGCCUAUCUUCAAUAAAAUCCAUAGGAACUGGAGAUCAUUUUUCAAUGGCCGUCGAUGCGGUCAAUAAGAUUUAUGCAUGGGGAUUUGGGGAAUAUUUCGUCUUAGGAAAUAGGAAAGAAGAGGAAGUGACAUCGCCAUUUCGGAUGCCGGAUUUAAACGAAUUGGAAGGCAAGGAUAUUGUUCGGAUAAGUUGCGGAUCAGCGCACGUAUUGUUCCUUAUUGUAGCAACAGAUGGAGAAGCCAUGGAUGUAGAUACUAAUAAUUAAAAGUAACAAUUAAAAACUAUCAUUUCAUUUCUUUAAAAAAAACAAAUAGGAUAUUGGUGAGUUUAAUUUGCUGUUAGUAUGAUAUUAGAAAUAACGUUGAUUAAUAAUUUUUUUAAUAAUUAU